AGCUUCGCCGCCGCCGCCCACCGCCGCCCUCGGUCAUGCCGAAGCACGAGUUCUUUGUAGACAUGACUUGUGAAGGCUGCUCUAACGCAGUCGCUCGGGUCCUCAACAAGCUAGGAGGAGUUGAAUUUGAGAUCGAUCUGCCCAACAAGAAGGUUUGCAUCGACUCUGAGCACAACGUGGACACUCUGCUGGAGACGCUGAAGAAAACAGGGAAGACUGUUACCUACAUCGACCCCAAAUAGCGAGGGCCUGGGUCCCCGGCCCGCAGGAUGGACCAGAGUGGGCAGGACCCUGAUCCUCUCCUGCCUUCCAGACCGAUCUGGAACCUGGCACCCCUGCCCAACGUUGGGAGUUCCUGCGGAGACCCUCCCUAGCUUCCCUGCAAUAAAGUCAAACUGCUUUUGUAAAAAAAAAAAAAAAAA